AUGAGUGUGAUCGACAUUUUGACUCGGGUGGAUGCGAUCUGCAAGAAGUAUGACAAAUAUGACAUUGAAAAGCAGAAGGAUUCCAACAUCGCCGGCGAUGACGCAUUCGCCCGCCUUUACGCCGCCGUAGCGUCCGACAUCGAGGCUGCUCUUCAGAAAGCGGAGACUGCUUCGCAGGAGAAGAGUAGGGCGUCAGCUGUGGCGAUCAAUGCGGAGAUUCGGAGAACGAAGGCCCGGUUGUUGGGUGAGGUCCCUAAAUUGCAGAGAUUAGCUAUCAAGAAGUUGAAAGCUCAUUUUGUUGACUUUCUUAUGCCGGCCUUCACCUUCAAUGUGAAUCAGUUUACUCGUUUUCUCUGUGGAACGCUGUUAAACAGUUUAUAUGUAGGGAACAAGUUAAUGGAUUUGGACUUGGUGAUAGAAGCUGAGAUGGUGGCAAUGCAUUUGGCUAAUCCAUAA